CAAGAGCAUGGAGCAGUGUCUCAGCUGGCCUAGAGAAUCGAACCCAGGACCUUCUUGCUGCUGUUACACUUCUGUCCAGUAGGGGGGAGAAUAAACCUAAACAUUGUGGAUCAACCAGCUCAGUUCAAACAACAACAAGAGGAAGAAACAGGAGCUAACGUGUUCGUGUUUAAGUGACUCUAUCUGUAAUAAUGCAGUCAGCAGAAGAGGGACACGUCGCCCCCAUGGAUCUAGAAGAUGAAGGAUUCCAGAAGAAACUAAUAAAAAAGGAGGAAGAUGAAGAUGAAAGUUUCUUCUAUGAAGUAUCAUUAAUCCCUGUGGAACACGACACCUCUGAGGAACACCUCACCCCAGGUUUCCAGCCUCAGAAGAAGGAGGAACCUGAAGAUGAAGAUGAUCUCAGAUUGAACAAGGAUUUCUGCUGCUCCUCGAGUCCACGUUCCUGUACAACCCAAAAUCAUCUCCACAAACACAUCAAGACCCCCAACAGUGUCAAAUAUGAGACCCUGGUGAAGAUUAAGACUGAACAUGAGGAUCUGACGCCCACCAGAAGCUCCAGUGAUCAGCAGACGUCCUCUGGUGCUGUCAGCAUUAACAGCUCUCUCACCAGAGAACAGAACAGAAGGAACGUCUGCUCACAGUGUGGGAAGAGCUUUCGUUCUCCCAGUGCUCUUAAAAUACACCAGCGCAUUCACACUGGAGAGAAACCGUAUCAGUGCUCACAGUGUGGGAAGAGCUUUAGUUCUCUAGGUGCUCUUAAGGUACACCAGCGCAUUCACACUGGAGAGAAACCGUAUCAGUGCUCACAGUGUGGGAAGAGCUUUAGUUCAAUGGGUGCUCUCAAGGUACACCAGCGCAUUCACACUGGAGAGAAACCAUAUCAGUGCUCACAGUGUGGGAGGAGCUUUAAUCAACAGAGUGUUUUCAAAAGACAUCAGCGCAUUCACACCAGAGAGAAACCGUAUCAGUGCUCACAGUGUGGGAAGAGUUUUUAUCGACAGAGUCAUCUCAAACUACACCAGCUCAUUCACACUGGCGAGAAACCAUAUCUGUGCUCACACUGUGGGAAGAGUUUUAAUCAGCACAGUAAUCUUAAAGAGCACCAGCGCAGUCACACUGGAAAGAAAUCGUAUCAGUUCUCACAGUGUGGGAAGAGGUUUAGUCAACAGAGUGUUUUCAAAAGACAUCAGCGCAUUCACACUGGAGAGAAACCGUAUCAGUGUUCACAGUGUGGAAAGAGUUUUUAUCACCUAAUUUAUCUCAAAAUCCACCAGCGCAUUCACUCUGGAGCGAAACCGUAUCGGUGUUCACAGUGUGGGAAGAGUUUUAAUCAGCAGAGUGAUCUCAAAAUACACCAGCGCAUUCACACUUGAUGAAAACCGCGUCAGAGCUCACAGUGAGGGAAUUUUUGUCUAUAAAUUAGUCAGUGAUGUUACCAAGCUAGACAAAACAAAGUUUGUAGAAGUUUUUACUGGUCAUUCACUUCUAGAUCGACUUCAUGUCUGGUGACAAAGGUCAUCAUGGUGCGACAUGAAUUAAGUAGCAGCACUAUAAUAAUUUUUUGGUGUUUAAUGCCAUAAUGGUGGAACAAGGACGUGUUCUGUAAUGUCAUGUUUAGUAAUCAUACAUGUUGUACGUUUUGUCUCUUAUUAUGAAUAAUUGAUGUAAUAUUGAUGUAUUUGAUGUAUGAUGUAGCACUAAGGUAAGUGAAUAAUAAAACAUUUACUUGAGAUUA